ACACUUUGAGACAUGUUUAGAUCCAAAAGGCUUAUUGUUUGUUAAACCUGAUGUGUUUGAGUAACCUGCGCAUCCCUUUGGUUUUGCAUCAUGAGCCAAAAGCUACAAUCCUACAUGUUGCUUCAAGGUGCAGAUCAUAGACUGUAUACAUAAGAAGAGCUGUUACUCGUAGGUUUCUGAAGAGCUGAACUGAAGCCCAUUGGGCAGGUCCCAUCACCACCAUCUUGACCAUGUCACACGUCCAAAACUAUAAAAAUGGAGCUGAAGGCAGGGUUGUGAGGCUGAGGGCAGAUGAUUGACAUCCAACAAACUGAGUCGAUGCAGCUACAAGCUAUCUGAGCUAAGUGAGCUAACUGAAGCUAACGGAGGUUGGUGGGCGCUUUGGGAAACCUGCUAAGCUCCCCAGAAAAUUGUCUCUCAACAAGCCUCGCUCCUCUUCCACAACAAACACUACGGUCAACCCCGCACCCAGCAGCACUACGGCCCAGCCCGGCCUUUCAGCCACGCCGGUUCCCUCUUUGGUACAGUCCAUAGGCUCUAUGGUCCUCUCACCAGGCUCCAUUUUGGCCACACAGGGUGCCGGGGGCCAGCAGAUCCUCCACGUCAUCCAUACAAUCCCCUCAGUCAGCAUGCCGAGCAAGGUGGGCCAGCUGCAGACUAUACCUGUGGUGGUGCAGUCGCUGCCUGUUGUCUACACCACCAUGCCAACCGACGGCGUUGCCACAGCAGCCAUCACGGUGCCGCUCAUAGGCAGCGAUGGGCGGUCUGAAGGAUCUGAUACAAGAUUUUCAUCAAGUCCACCACCAUCCUACGGACAAAAUUCCCACUGACGUCACAAUUCCAGAGUUUCUCUGACAAAUGGAGGAGGUGCUUGAUCGGUAUCUGCUGCUGAAUGGUAUUGUCGUGUGUGUGUGUGUGUGUGUGUGUGUGUGUGUGUGUGCGUGCGUGCGUGCGUGCGUGCGUGCGUGUCCGUCAAGCAGAACGAACUUGAUCAUCUGAUAAUUUUUCUGUCUAAGAAACCCCACAGACACCCACCACCCUUCUUGUUACAAAUUUCCUCCACCUCUUCCUCCUUUUUCCUCCUCUUCCACAUCUUUUCCCCUCCCACGUCCUCCUUUUCUUCCCUUUGUGGUCGCCUUGGCAGCGUGGCCACGGUUGCCAUGGAGACAAGAUUCUUUUCCCCCUGGUUAAUGACUGUGGCUCAGUCGGCGGUGGAGGAGAGGGGUUACUCUCCUCCUCCUCCACCAUCAUCAUCAUCAUCAUCUCCAGCGCUGCAACGGGCUCUAAUCUGAGGUGACACGGCCAAUAUCCUCACGCAAACUCUCUCUCUCUCUCUCUCUCACACACACACACACACACACACACACACACACACACACACACACACAAGCAUGUCAACACAGGCAUGUAGCAAACAUUCACAAGAGCCUAGUGAAAGGAAUGUGUGUCAUGUACACGCCACAAGCGCCUCCCCUCGCCCACUGCUCACUCAUUCACAUAAUUCACAUCACACGUUUCCACUGGAAAUCAAAACAAACACACACACACACACACCUUUCCUUUUUGUUCCAAUUCCAGAAUAUUCAUCAACCGUAGAGACAGGAAAAAGUAAUUUGAACUAAAAUCACCAACUUGUCUGGAUUAAUAAAUCCUCUUGUGGUCAGAAAAGUUACAACCAAGGAGGGAAAAGGCUGCAGGUUGACUCUGUUUUAGAAAACUUCUGACGUGGGAGAAGGUCAGGGUUGCUAGAUGUGUUUUGUCUUAUAAACAGGAGAUUAUCAUCAGUAAAGAAUCAUUUUACAAAUACUGUAAAAAUAACUGGAUGUUUCUUAAGGAUUUUGUUUUAAAACUAACAAGCUACAAAACAUGAGAAUAAAAAAUAUAUACUUUAGAAGAAAUUGGAACUCUAUAAGUAGAGCAGUGAGACACAACAUUUAAGUCAAUUUAUAUAGAAAUAAUAAAAUUAAAUCUUAUGGAUGGUAUACCACAGGGUUUGGUAUUGGGACUUUAGUUAUUUGAACUUUAUGUCCGCUAAAUCCUGAGAUCUGAGCUUUUUUCUGCGUGUUUGUGAACUUUUAUUCCCCCUAGACAUUUUGGUUUAGUUAAAAUAUAAAAUAUUGUUAAAAGCAGGUCAAAGUUGAAAAGAUUAAAAUUUUAAUUUUCCUCGCUGGGUAAAAAGGGUCAAAAAUGAUAAUAUUCAUUGGUUAGAUAAAUGGAAUCCAUUCAUCUUGGACCAGUCUGAACCCGCUUGUCCACGUAGGGUCGCGGGGGGCUGGUGCCUAUCUCCAGCGGUCAAUGGGCAAUCAGGCGGGGUACACCCUGGACAAAGAGCCAGUCCAUCGCAGGAUAAAUGGAAUAUUAAAGUAAAAUUAUAUUUUAUACAAUAAUCUUGUCCUAAAAAAAAUCUACAUAAAAAAAUAAAUAUAUAAAUGUAGCAAUGACUCCAU